AUGAAGCUCUCUUGCAUCGUGCUAGGAUGUGGCAUGGUAGCUCUCCUUGAUCCGGUAUACGGCUGGCCUGGAAUGGGAAAGACGAUGAGCGAUCUUGCUCGAAGAAUAGCUCAGGAUACCAACGACGAUGGAGAUGCUACACCUGUCCUGAUUGCAGACCUGAAGAACGGCAUUACCUCUCCAGUCGGCCAGAGUAUAGCCAACAUUCUGCCAAGACAGGAAGAUGCGCAGGCUGUUUCCCCGCCUGGAGUACUCUCCAGCAAGGCUUGCAAGGCUGACACUUGCUGCGUUUGGUACUACGUGUCUGCUGCUCUGACUGCUGCUUUCAAGGGCCCAACAGGUCGAUGCAACGAGAUCGCCCGACAAGCGAUUAGACUUGGAUUCCAUGAUGCUGGAAUUUGGUCGCAGUCGAACGCAGCAGCAGGACAGGACUUCGGUGGUGCGGACGGCAGCAUCCUCCUAUCGUGCUCUGAGAUCAGUCGCCCGGAGAACAGUGGACUGCAAGGCAUUGCUGCACUGGCAAAAGCAACGACGAAGUCUUUUGGUGUUGGUUACGCCGACCUGAUCCAAUUUUCAGCCAUUCACGCCGUAGUUACCUGCCCUCUUGGUCCGCGGAUACGCGUGUUUGUCGGCAGGAAAGAUAGCUCUACACCAGCCCCGAAUGGACUCCUCCCCGGUGUCAACGACAGUGCCGACAAGCUAGUCGCUCUCUUCCAAGAUAAGACUAUCCCACCGCACGAUCUCGCGGCCCUCGUAGGUGCACAUACUACGAGCCGUCAAUUCUUUGUGGAUACAACGAGGAAAGGAGCCCCGCAAGACGGCAUUCCCGGUAUAUGGGAUACGCUCAUCUACAAUCAGACUGUCGGCACAGGCCCGCUCCCCAAGCAAGUGCUACGUUUCAACAGCGAUCUCGUGCUCUCCGUAGAUCCACGAUUGAACGAUGAGUGGCUGAAGUUGGAGGCCCAGGUGGACAAACCCACUGGGAUGAGGACUACGCCACAGCCUACACUCGCUUGAGCCUGUUAGGCGUGAACAAUAUCAACAAUCUAACAGAGUGCAGCAAGGUGAUGCCGGCUGCACAACCGACCUUUAAGGGAGCUGGCGACUUGUUGAUUACCGAGUAAAAGCGGAGCAUUCGGGAGGAGGAGGCUUGGCGGGUUUGGCGUUGAUACAAAUGACUUCUCCAGGAUUUGUUCGUGGGUCUUAUUACUUUUUGAGGGGCUGCUGCUUGCUUGAUACCCAAUGGACGGAUAUAUCCGACUUGUAAUAUGCAUCAGCUGGAGGGAUAGCGAUUGUGGGGAGAUUAAAAAUUAUACAGAGGUGC